AAAAUCCAGGUGUGGGCGAAGAGGACGGGACCUAAAAAGGACACCUGGAUGGGCCAGAUUAGGGCGAAGCGCGAAGGGGAGCUUUAAUGUGGCAGCAUUUCGCUUGGGGAGGCCCUUUUCUACUCUUCAUCACCAUAGCCACGCUCUCUCGCAGACGCGGCUCUUCUCUCUCACCAUGGGUGCGUACAAGUACAUCGAGGAGCUGUGGAGGAAGAAGCAGUCUGAUGUGCUGCGUUUCUUGCUGCGUGUGCGCUGCUGGGAGUACAGGCAGCUCCCCGGCAUUGUCCGUGUCACUCGCCCUAGCCGUCCCGACAAGGCUCGCCGCCUAGGGUAUAAGGCCAAGCAGGGAUAUGUGGUGUACCGUGUCCGCGUUCGCCGUGGAGGCAGGAAGAGGCCAGUGGCGAAGGGUAUUGUGUAUGGAAAACCUAAGAACCAGGGUAUUACACAGCUCAAGUUCCAGCGUAAUUUGAGGUCUGUUGCUGAGGAGCGGGCUGGACGCAAGCUUGGUGGGCUCAGGGUUCUCAACUCUUACUGGAUCAACCAGGACUCUACCUACAAGUAUUUCGAAAUUAUCUUGGUGGAUCCCCAACACACCGUCAUCCGCAAGGAUCCCCGCAUCAACUGGAUUGUGAACCCUGUACACAAGCACCGUGAGUUGCGUGGAUUGACUUCCGCUGGAAAGAAGUACCGUGGUCUUCGCGGCAGAGGUCAUUUGUACACCAAGGCUCGUCCAUCCAUCCGUGCCACAUGGAAGCGCAACAACACCUUGUCUCUCAAGCGCUACCGAUGAAGAUUUUAGAGCUUUGGAUGAAGUUCUUCCUCUCACGUUGGUUUGCAUCAAUUUAUUAAUGUAUUGACCUACCACAAUUUUGAGCAUUUGCACACCCUUCAUGUGAUUAUUAUCGAUUUU